CUCAUCGGUGGUGUCGCUGUGGAGAAAGCCGGAAAAAGUCUAGUCCAAAAUGAGUCGACGAGGAGCCACCACCACCACCACCAUCAUAUGGUUGUGCCUGCUGAUCAUCGGCCUGGCUGUGGGCCAAGAUCAGAGCCUGCCCGCCUCGGAGACCACAGCGAAUCCCCUGCUGAAGCAAUCCCAGAACACCUUCAUCCAGUGGGUUCUGUCGCUGCUACCCCAGCGUCCUGGUAGCUCCGACUCGGAAAAUGCCACUGUGGCCACCCUGAGUAGUAGCUCCCCGUUGCCAGAGCCCUCAGUGAGCACCACCUCAACCACUACGCCGGCUCCAUCGUCGAGUACAACGACCACCAGGAGGGCCACCACCCCUGCUCCGCCCACUCUGGACCCGCCGAGGAAGUGCCGCGACUGCGUCUGCGGCAUAGCCAACAUCCAGAAACGGAUAGUUGGUGGCCAGGAGACAGAGGUGCAUCAGUAUCCCUGGGUGGCCAUGCUCCUCUACGGCGGCAGGUUCUACUGUGCCGCCUCUCUGCUCAAUGACCAGUUCCUCCUCACCGCCUCCCACUGUGUGUAUGGUUUCCGCAAGGAAAGGAUCUCGGUGAGGCUGCUGGAACAUGACCGCAAGAUGUCGCACAUGCAGAAGAUAGACCGCAAGGUGGCCGAGGUGAUCACGCAUCCAAAGUACAAUGCCAGGAACUAUGACAACGACAUAGCCAUCAUUAAGCUGGACGAGCCGGUGGAGUUCAAUGAAGUUCUGCAUCCUGUAUGCAUGCCCACGCCGGGCAGGAGUUUCAAGGGGGAGAACGGUAUUGUCACAGGCUGGGGAGCCCUGAAAGUUGGAGGACCAACAUCGGAUACGCUGCAGGAGGUUCAAGUCCCCAUCCUCUCCCAGGACGAAUGCCGCAAGAGUCGCUAUGGCAACAAGAUCACGGACAACAUGCUCUGCGGUGGCUAUGACGAAGGCGGCAAGGACUCCUGCCAGGGUGAUAGCGGUGGCCCACUCCACAUCGUAGCCAGCGGCACGCGAGAGCAUCAAAUCGCCGGCGUGGUCUCAUGGGGCGAGGGCUGUGCCAAGGCCGGUUAUCCCGGCGUCUAUGCCCGAGUGAAUCGCUAUGGAACUUGGAUCAAGAACCUCACCAAACAGGCUUGCCUCUGCCAGCAGGAGACCAAGAAGAUCAAGUAGAAAGAGAG